GUUUACUGGAACUUGAAGGAAGAAAAAAAUGUCUCCACUUCUGAGAAGCAUCUUUAAUAUCACUAAAAUUUUCAAUCAAUAUGCCUUACAUGAUUGUGAUGGGACAACACUAAGCAAGAAAGACCUGAAGAAUCUCCUUGAGAGGGAAUUUGGAGAAAUCCUUCGGAAACCACACGACCCAGAAACUGUAGACCUGGUCCUGGAACUUCAAGAUCGCGACCGCGACGGGCUAAUAGAUUUCCAUGAAUUCCUCGCGAUCGUUUUCAAAGUGGCUGCAGCUUGUUAUUACGCUCUCGGCCAGGCCUCGGGGCUAAAUGAGAAAGAAGCCAAGUGUGAGGGAAAGGGAAACCCGUUACAAGAUCGCAGGAGGGAAGACCAAAGGAGAUUCGAGCCCCAGGACAGACAACUAGAAGAACGCAGGCUGAAGAGGCAGGAACUGGAGGAGCUCGCUGAGGAAGAGGAGCUGAGGGAGAAGCAAGUAAGACGUGAGCAGAGGCUGCAAAGGCGAGAACAAGAAGAGUAUGGUGAGGAGGAAGAGCUGCAGCAAAGGCCCAAGGGUCGGGAGCCGGAGGAGCUUCUGAACCGAGAGCAAGGGUUCGAGAGGCAGGAGCAACGGGAGCGACAGCGCCUCCAGGUGGAACAGCAACAGCGGCAAAGAGGAGAGCUGCGCGAGCGCCAGGAAGAAGUGCAGCUCCAAAGGCGGGAGACUCAGGAGCUCCAGAGGGAGCGUCUGGAGGAAGAGCAGCAACUGCAAAAGCAGAAGCGCGGGCUCGAGGAGCGGCUCUUGGAGCAGGAGAGGAGGGAGCAGGAGCUGCGGCGCAAGGAGCAGGAAAGACGGGAGCAGCAGCUAAGGCGAGAGCAGGAGGAGGCGACGCAGGAAGAGAUCAGUGAGCGAGGCGAGAGCCGCACCUCGAGCUGUCAGUGGCAGCUAGAAAGCGAGGCCGACGCCCGUCAGCGCAAAGUCUACUCCAGGCCCCACAGGCAAGAGCAGCAGAGCCGCCGCCAGGAGCAGGAGCUGCCUGAGAGACAGCAGGAGCAGCAGAUCCGCGAGGAGGUGCAGAGCCUUCAAGAAGACCAGGAGAGGCAACGACUCAAGCAAGAGCAACGCUACGACCAAAACUGGAGGUGGCAACUAGAGGAGGAAAGCCAGAGACGCCGCUACACACUGUACGCCAAGCCAGCUCAACGGGAGCAGGUGAGGGAGGAAGAGCAGCUGCGGCUUAAAGAGGAGCAGCUGCAGCGGGAGAAGAGGCGCCAGGAACGAGAAAGGCAGUAUCGGGAAGUGGAGCUGCAGAGAGAGGAAGAGCGACUACAGCGGGAGGAGGAGCAGCUGCAGAGAGAGGAACGCGAGAAGAGGAGGCGCCAGGAGCGUGAGAAGCAAUACCUAGAGAAAGUGGAGCUGCGGGAGGAGGAGCAGCUGCAGAGACAGGAACGCGAGAAGAGGCGCCAGGAGCGCGAGAAGCAAUAUCUAGAGAAAGUGGAGCUGCAGGAGGAGGAGCAGCUGCAGAGAGAGGAACGCGAGAAGAGGAGGCGCCAGGAGCGUGAGAAGCAAUACCUAGAGAAAGUGGAGCUGCGGGAGGAGGAGCAGCUGCAGAGAGAGGAACGCGAGAAGAGGAGGCGCCAGGAGCGUGAGAAGCAAUACCUAGAGAAAGUGGAGCUGCGGGAGGAGGAGCAGCUGCAGAGACAGGAACGCGAGAAGAGGCGCCAGGAGCGCGAGAGGCAGUACCUCGAGAAGGAGCUGCAGCGGCAGGAAGAGCGACUGCAGGAAGAGGAGCAGCUGCUGAGGGAGGAACGCGAGAAGAGGCGCCAGGAGCGCGAGAGGCAGUAUCUCGAGAAGGAGGAGCUGCAGCGGCAGGAAGAGCGACUGCAGAGACAGAAGGAGCAGCUGCAGAGACAGGAACGCGAGAAGAGGCGCCAGGAGCGCGAGAGGCAGUAUCUAGAGAAAGUGGAGCUGCAGGAAGAGGAGCAGUUGCAGAGACAGGAACGAGAGAAAAGGCGCCAGGAGCGUGAGAGGCAGUAUCUCGAGAAGGAGGAGCUGCAGCGGCAGGAAGAGCGACUGCAGAGAGAGAAGGAGCAGCUGCAGAGAGAGGACCGCGAGAAGAGGCGCCAGGUGCGCGAGAGGAAGUAUCUCGAGGAGGAGCUGCAGCAGGAGGAAGACCGAUUGCAGAGAGAGAAGCAGCUGCUGAGAGAGGAUCGCGAGAAGAGACAGUAUCUAGAGAAGGUGGAGCUGCAGCGGGAAGAGGAGCAGCUGCAGAGAGAGAAGAGGCGCCAAGAGCGGGAAAGACAAUAUCGGGAAGAGGAGCUGCUGCGGGAGGAAGAGCGACUGCACAGAAAGGAGCAGCAGCUGCAGAGAGAGGAAUGUGAGAAGAGGAGGCGCCAGGAGCUCGAGAGACAGCUAGAGGAGGAGGAGCUGCAGCGCCUGGACAGGAAGAGGCAAUUCCGGGAUGAGGAUCAGCACCAAAACGAAGUUCGUAAUAGCAGGGUUUACUCCAAACACCGAGAGAACAAAGAAAAGAGCCGGCAACUGGAUGAUUCCUGGGUGCGAGAAAGUCAAUUCCAGCAGGAUCGGCGCCCCCUGCAGGAUGAACAAGAAGAGAAAAGAGAACGCGAGCAAGAGUGGAGGAGCCGGCAAAAGCGUGACAGCCAAUUCCCAGCUGAACAACUGCUGGAGCGAGAGCAGCAGAAGGAAACCGAAAGGCGAGACAGGAAAUUCCGAGAGGAAGAACAGCUGCUGAAAGGGCAAAGAGAGGAGAAAAUACGCUAUCUGGAAGAAGACAGAAAGUUCCGGGAAGAGGAACAGCAGCUGCGCCGCCUUGAACGCGAGCAACAGCUACGCCAGGAGCGAGAUAGAAAAUUCCGCGAAGAAGAACUGAGCCGCCAGGAACGAGACAGAAAAUUCCGUGAGGAAGAGCAGCUCCUGCAGGAAAGGGAAGAACAGCUGCGCCGCCAGGAACGCGACAGAAAGUUCCGCGAAGAGGAACAGCAGCUGCGCCUCCUGGAACGCGAGCAACAGCUACGCCAAGAACGAAAUAGAAAAUUCCGCGAAGAACAGCUCCUGCGAGAAAGGGAAGAACAGCUGCGCCUCCAGGAGGGCGAGCCGCAGCUUCGCCAGAAGCGCGAAAGAAAGUUCCAUGAGGAGGAACAGCUCCUGAGAGAAAGGGAAGAACAGCUGCGCCGCCAGGAGCGCGACAGAAAGUUCCGUGAGGAGGAACAGCUUCUGCAAGAAAGAGAAGAGCUGCGCCGCCAGGAGCGCGAGCCACAACUUCGCCAGGAACGCGACAGAAAGUUCCAUGAGGAAGAACAGCUCCUGCAGGAAAGGGAAGAACAGCUGCGCCGCCAGGAACGCGACAGAAAGUUCCGUGAGGAGGAACAGCUCCUGCAGGAAAGGGAAGAACAGCUGCGCCGCCAGGAGCGCGAGCCACAACUUCGCCAGGAACGCGACAGAAAGUUCCGUGAGGAGGAACAGCUCCUGCAGGAAAGGGAAGAACAGCUGCGCCGCCAGGAGCGCGACAGAAAGUUCCGUGAGGAGGAACAGCUCCUGAGAGAAAGGGAAGAACAGCUGCGCCGCCAGGAGCGCGACAGAAAGUUCCGUGAGGAGGAACAGCUUCUGCAAGAAAGAGAAGAGCUGCGCCGCCAGGAGCGCGAGCCACAACUUCGCCAGGAACGCGACAGAAAGUUCCAUGAGGAAGAACAGCUCCUGCAGGAAAGGGAAGAACAGCUGCGCCGCCAGGAACGCGACAGAAAGUUCCGUGAGGAGGAACAGCUCCUGCAGGAAAGGGAAGAACAGCUGCGCCGCCAGGAGCGCGAGCCACAACUUCGCCAGGAACGCGACAGAAAGUUCCGUGAGGAGGAACAGCUCCUGAAAGAAAGCGAAGAACAGCUCCGCCGCCAGGAGCGCGACAGGAAGUUCCAUGAGAAAGAACACCUCCUGCGAGAAAGGGAGGAACAGCAGCUGCGCCGUCAGGAGCUUGAGGAGGUCUUCUCCCAGGAGGAACAGCUGAGGCGCGCCGAGCAAGAGGAAGAACAGCGACGUCAGAGGCAGAGAGACAGGAAAUUCCUCGAGGAAGAGCAGAGCCUCCAGCGCGAGCGAGAGGAAGAAAAGCGCCGCGUCCAGGAGCAGGACAGGAAGUUCCUCGAGCAGGAAGAGCAGCUGCACCGCGAGGAGCAGGAAGAGCUGAGGCGCCGGCAGCAGCUAGACCAGCAGUACCGGGCGGAGGAGCAGUUUGCUAGGGAGGAGAAGAGGCGUCGUCAGGAACAAGAAUUGAGGCAAGAAGAGCAGAGACGCCGCCAGGAGCGGGAGAGGAAAUUCCGGGAAGAAGAACAGCUCCGCCGCCAGCAGCAGGAGGAGCAGAAGCGUCGCCAAGAGCGCGACGUGCAGCAGAGCCGCCGCCAAGUGUGGGAGGAAGACAAGGGCCGCCGGCAGGUCCUGGAGGCUGGCAAGCGGCAGUUUGCCAGUGCCCCAGUGCGCUCCAGUCCGCUCUACGAGUACAUCCAAGAGCAGAGGUCUCAGUACCGCCCUUAAGAGAUGCUGCCAAAUCCCGACAUCUGCCGAAGCUUCGAGCAAAGGAAAAUGAGAAUCACUGAGUACCAAAUGACUCUGGUUGUGGGGAAACUCUGGUGUUAGAAUAACUCUUUUUUACAAAAUCUUAAUCUAUACUUUUUCAUGUGCUUUGUACUUCUGCCUUUUAUUCUUCCUUAAAUAGUUCUUUAGGAUGUCUUUGCUCUUUGGUGCAGAUUUGGUGUGCAUUUUUAAAAAACAUAAAAGCCAUUUAAUUUGUUUAAGGAAUUUUGUUUGGGAAACACGUUCAUUGCUUUCAGAAGUAACAAAAAUAUUGUGUCCAUUUGAGAUUCAAAAGAAUGGGUCAGCUUUUUUAUUGUUGACCCAUCUUAUAGAGAGCUCAGAUAUUUUUUAUGUUCAAGUUGAUAUUUCUUCCUGGGCCUAAAUUAUGUUAAUAUUUAUCUCCAAAUAGCCUCCCACUUUUUGUGGCAUAAUUAGCACAGAUUCUGCAAGGGGACCGAAUUUUUCCAAGAACCCCUGAAUAGUGCAGGAAGAAUGGCUUCUCCAGAAAAAGUCUCUGAAUUCAGCCCAUAAUUGGAAGAAAUAUCUUUAAGACUUGGAAUUAGAUUUCUUUUCCAUUUAAUUCCAUAAAUACUUAAAAUAUCAUGGAGCAAAAAGCAAGGCGUUUCUCAAACAACUCCAGAGUUCAAACUUUAAAACCAUGUCUGCUGUAGUCUGUAGCAUUCAGUUCCUUUCCCCCAGUCUUGGAUGAGCUUGAGAAUAUUACUGCCUUUGUUAAUUUUAGCUGAGAAGGGACCUGCUCAGGAUCCUGUAAACAUCUGUCUUGCUCUAGAGCCAACAAGAGAUCACAGAGCAUUUGGGGGUGGGGAAAAGGGAAGUUUUGUGGCCAGAAGGGCAAGUCCCUAGAGGACCUUUGACAAGCCCUGUCAGCCCACAAUCCUUUGAGCCCUACUGAUACUACCUUGGAGACAUGUUAAAAUAAUUGGACUGUGUAAAAAAUUAAUAAUAAAUAUUUUGGCAAUUA